CUAGAAUGGUGUGUUCAUCCGACCGAGCCGCACUUCAAAGAAUGGGAAAUAUUGCAUGCGUUUUGUGGUGCAAAUCCGAAGUAAUUAUGGAAACUGUAAAUCGCUAAGCUCAGGAAGAGGUGCAGUAAAGCUGGUUUGGGAUUAGUUUGUUGCAUUGAAAUCCUGACUCUGUGCUGUAACAGGGAAGCGUUCUCCCGACUCUAAAUCAUGCCUCUUCGCCUUGGCCAGUUUAAGCCCACCUUUCGGGUUAAGCACCUUUGCCUCUGUUCAUCCGGGUGAACUGCGAUCGCACGCGAAAGUCUUGCCCCAGGGUGACGGGUGCCUCGACUCGCUCUCCUUGGUGCCGGCCCGCCCGCGCCGCAUCUCCUCUUCCUACCUGUCCGAGAAACAUGGCUCACUGACAUCAUGGAAACACCCGACGGCUGCCCGCGAAAGCGCGAGCGAACGCCGCCUUGGCGCUGAUCCGUCUGGAGAUUCCCCUUGGUCAGCGCCGCUGUCAAUCAACCGAGACGAUUCUUUGCCCUCUCCGGAACCUCCCUGGGAGGAACCAAGCUGGGUCUGGCCGAGAGGCUCCGCCCCUUUCUCGCUGCCGAAGGGAGUAGCAGGGACCAGGCAGGUAGAGCUGCUUAGAGGGUGCAUCUUUGUGUUUGUCGCUCCCGCCCGCUUCGUUGUCGUGGCCGUCUGCCUGUCAGUGGCUUCUCUGACUCCUGGCUGUGCUUUGGCAGGUUGCUCAGAGGUGAGGAAAAGCCGCUUGGAUCUCGCUCCCUCCAAGCCCUGCCUGCGGUGGGGGCACAACCGCGGCUCGGAAGAGCUUACUUUAUAGCCCGACUGAUGCUUGCGAUCGCUGUCAGUUCCCAGGAAUUUCCUUUGAGCACCACUGGAAUGCAUUUGGAGAUGCGAUGACUCUUGCCUUUCCCUCCCAUGUCUUCUCGUUUUGUCGUUGAAUUGGUACAGAAGAAACUCUUUCGGAGACCAUGACUGAAGAAAAGAAUCUUGGUGUGUCUCAGAAAGUCUUGUCGCCUUCAAGAAGUACCAGCAGCUGCUCCUCUAAGCAGGGGAGUAGACAGGACAGCUGGGAAAUUGUAGAAGGACUGCGGGGAGCCAUGAAUUACACGCAGGAACCACCGAAACAGGAAGGCUACCUGCUGAAAAAGAGGAAAUGGCCUCUGAAAGGUUGGCACAAGAGAUGCUUCUUUCUGGAUAAAGGGAUUUUGAAGUAUGCAAAGAGCCCAGCUGACAUAGCACGAGGGAAGCUGCAUGGGUGUAUAGACGUUGGGCUUUCGGUGAUGUCCGUGAAGAAGUCAACAAAAUGUAUAGAUCUGGAUACAGAAGAACACAUUUAUCAUUUAAAGGCAAAAUCUCAGGAAGUCUUUGAUGAAUGGGUAGCAAAGCUGCGCCAUCAUAGAAUGUAUCGUCAAAAUGAAAUUUCCAUGUUUCCGCAUGACAUCAACAACCAUUUCUUUCCAGCAUCAGCUUCUGUUACAGACUCCGUAACUGGCUUUCUGGAAUCCACGGCAAGCAGAAAGCGAGGCAGCAUGACUCAGCAGAAUUCAUUGCAGACUGGAAGUAGUAUGUCAUUCUCCUGCUCAAACAAUGACUCAAGGAUCCCACCUUGGCUGCAGUCUUCGGAGGAUAUGGAAAGAUGUUCAAAAGACCUCUCCCACUGUCAUAACUAUCUGCUGGAAAUGAGCCAGCUUCUGCAAAGCAUGGAAGUUCUCCACAGGACAUACUCAGCGCCCGCCAUAAAUGCCAUGCAGGGCAUCCCCUUUGAAAGUCCUAAAAAGGAAAAAAGAACACACAGGAGGUGGCGUUCCCGAGGUCUUAGUAAAGAUGCGAAAGGAAUGUUGCAGCCUAGCAAUCCCAGCACCCCUUACCUUUUCCUUCCCCAUACCUCCAAUCCUCUGAAUUCAGCAAGGCAUUUAAUGAGGAGCAUGAGCACAUCCUUUCAGGUACCAACUGUUCUUUCUGCUCCAUUGAGACUGCACGCUUCCAACCCCAAUUUAUCCACACUAGAUUUUGGCGAAGAGAAAAUUUACUCUAAUGGUUCCGAAACCACAUCGGAAUUCUCUAAAAUGCAAGAGGACUUGUGUCACAUAGCACACAAAGUGUACUUCACCUUAAAGUCGGCUUUCAGUACAAUCUCGACGGAGAGAGAGAAGCUGCAGCAGAUGUUUGAACAUGAUUCAGCCUCAUCUCCAUCUGCGCAAAUAGCUGGACUGAAGAAUGCCUUAUCAUCUGCCAUAGCACAAAACACAGAUCUUAAAGACCGGUUACGCAGAAUACAUGCCGAAUCUGUGCUUCUUGAUUCAGCAGCUAAUGCAAAAUCCAGCCCUGAUUUGGCAAAGGAAAACUCGGACGACGAGAGCAGGGCUCUAGUUCACCAGCUUUCCAACGAAAGUCGGCUGUCUAUAACGGAUUCGCUCACCGAGUUUUUUGAUGCUCAGGAAGUCUUGCUGUCUGCCAGCUCUUCAGAAAACGAGGUAUCUGAUGAUGAUUCAUACGCCAGUGAUGUGAGUGAUAACAUCUCCGAAGACAACCUGAGUAACGACAUAGAGAAUGAAAGGCAAACCCUCGACAGUGUUCCCGACGACAGCUUGGAAUGCCAUUCCAAGCGGAGGACAUGUCUGCCGGCUCCGUGUCCCAACACUAGUAACAUCAGCCUCUGGAACAUUUUGCGGAACAACAUCGGGAAAGACCUCUCCAAGGUGGCCAUGCCAGUGGAGCUGAACGAACCGCUGAACACUUUGCAGCGCCUCUGCGAGGAAUUGGAGUACAGCGAGUUGUUGGAUAAAGCGGCACGUACGCCCAACCUGUUUGAGAGGAUGGUAUAUGUGGCUGCUUUUGCCGUAUCUGCUUAUGCAUCCAGUUACUACAGAGCUGGAAGUAAGCCAUUUAAUCCUGUGCUUGGAGAAACCUACGAAUGUAUCCGAGAAGAUAAAGGCUUUCAGUUUUUUGCUGAACAGGUCAGUCACCACCCACCUAUAUCUGCAUGUCAUGCUGAAUCUGAUAACUUUGUGUUUUGGCAAGAUAUCAGAUGGAAAAACAAAUUCUGGGGGAAAUCCAUGGAAAUUGUGCCAGUUGGUACAACACAUGUAAUUUUGCCAGCCUAUAAGGACCAUUAUGAAUGGAAUAAGGUGACAUCUUGCAUUCAUAAUAUAUUAAGUGGACAGCGGUGGAUAGAACACUAUGGGGAGAUCAUAAUCAAGAAUCUGAAUGACCACAGCUGUCUCUGCAAACUUACUUUUGUAAAGACAAAAUACUGGAAUCACAAUGUACAUGAGAUUGAAGGAAAUGUUUUGGACAAAAAUGGGAAAGUAGUACAUCGUAUUUUUGGGAAAUGGCAUGAGAAUAUAUACUGCGGAACACCAUCUUCGCCAAAGUGCAUCUGGAGAGCAAAUCCAAUGCCAAAAGAUUAUGAACAGUGGUAUGGUUUCACACAGUUUGCAUUAGAAUUAAAUGAAUUGGACCCGCUCACUAGGCCUCUGUUACCAUCUACUGAUACCCGAUUUAGACCAGACCAAAGGCUCCUAGAGGAAGGGAAUAUUGAAGGAGCAGAAAUGCAAAAACAAAGGAUUGAGCAGCUACAGAGAGAGCGGCGGAAAGUUCUAGAAGAAAACAAUAUGGAGCAUCAGCCUAGAUUUUUCAGGAAAUCUGAAGAUGACUCCUGGGUCAGCAAUGGAACUUAUCUAGAACUUAGAAAAAACCCUGGCUUUUCCAAGGUGGAUAAUGCUGUCUUAUGGUGAAAAAACAAAAACAAACGAAAAGGACAUUAUAGCUGCUGUUUCUCUGAUUAUAAGAAUGGAAAUGCUGCGUAUCACCAUAACCUUCUAGACUCCUGCUUGAUUUAGAUUUUUGACAAGCACAUUUGUGUUACUCUGUUUGUCUUUUGCUAUUUUGAUAGUAACCAUGAUUUAUUUGAAUGUACAAAAAACUCUAAUUUUCUUGACAUAUAUAUUUAAUAAAUGAUUGUUGAAUGUUAUCUCUGAAAGGGUGGGGUGGGGUGGGGAGAGAAGCUUUAACACUAUUUUUUCCAAAGGAUGAUGCAAGUUCAGAUUUAAUGCCUUAUUGAGUUCUGUGAUAAACAGUAUUGGCCAGGAACUUUCAGCCGCACUACAGUAACUGAAUGGAGGCAGCUGAUCCCACCCCACAAGAUGUCAGUAAGCUAACCAAAGCCAGAGUGAGUGUGUUUCUGUCUCUUGCCUGAGAUUCCAUCUCAGUUACUGAUCUUUUGGGAAUCUUUUUUGUGGUUUGGAUUUGCUUUGUUUUUGAGCACAUGGGCAGAUCAAUGCAUAAUACCACCAAUCGGGGUUGGAUGAGAUGGCGAUGUUUCUUCACCCAGUUCUGCCUAGCUGUGCUGGGCACUGCUACCAUGGAGUGGCUAGCUGCACCCACCUCAACUGUGGAUGAGCAGAAGGCACUCCUGUGGAAUCCCUGCUGGCAGUAGCGGCUAUAUAUCCCCGAAUCGGGAGCAGAGCUGCAUAAGCUAAAGUUCGCUUGGAUCCUCAGCCAGUCCAGCCACCAGUUACUUGUGGAAACGGGCCCAAUCUGGGCCUCUCUGCUGUACCAGCCUGGAGCUGGUAUAAUAAGGAAGCAAAAUUGUUGUUGUCCCUACCCUAGCUGCCAUUGGGCUCUGGGAUGCAGCGGUCGGUCUUCACUGCUGUUUAGCCCUUACAUUGCAGCCUGCUGGCGGUCUGGAUUGCUCCUGUUCUUUUUAUUCCAUUAGCUAACCCAUUCCAAGAAAGUAGUACUAAGCGGUAGUAGCAUUGAUGGUUCUACUGCCUUACAAGCAAGCAAAAGGACACAGACACCUAGGAACUUCUCUUAUGCCUUGUUGACCUUUAUGGAAGCUGGACCACUGCAGACUUCAGCAGGGCUCGCACAGUGGAAGUUCCAAGUGGAAUGUGUCCCAGAUUUGGCAUAUAUGAAUCAUGCUGUGUAGACUGAACUUUUGAGGCACAGUCCAACCAAAGUUAGCGAUGGCUUAAUUCAUAUUAAAAUCCAAUAGAAAAGCUGUUCGUUGCGAGCAGCUACCUUUUCCUAGAAAGUACCAUUUGGUUAAAUGCAAUUUAGUGGUACUCCUAAACAGAGCUUGUGGGUAAAAAAAUAAUGACCAAAUGGAAAAGAAACACGGUUUUCUUUGGGGCUGGCGAUAUCUUUACAGAGCAUGGACUCUUUAUUUCACGAUUCUGGUUUGUUUUUAAUAAGAAGAUCCUGCUAGACAAUUUUUUUAAAAGCCCUCCUUUUUAACUAUUUGCAAAGUAGCUAAAUGUGGUUAAGAGACAGGUGUUUUCUGAAAUAAGAUUUCGGUAUUUUCUACCUCUUCUGAGCAGCACAUUUAUUAUCUUGUAUUAUUAAAAAAAAACCAUCUGCCUUAGAUACAAUGUAUGGAAUAUAUGAUCUUCCUUUACCUGUUUAGUGUUUUAAGGUAAAUAUUUGUCUUGCACUAAAAUGGUUAUGUUUUUCCUAUAUCCUCUCUAUGUAUUCUAAUAUCUUCAUGAGCAUCUUUAGCAUGUUGAAGAAGGAAUCCAAAGUAGACAAAACAGCACUUUGGAAUGUAGGUGGCAGUCUUGUUUGUUUUUCUUUUGUUAAAUCACAGUUUUAAUAUAAUAUCAUGCUAAACAGGAAACAUGUGUGCAGAAAAUUAGAGUCUGAAACACAUACUUCUAUAAGCUUUCAGGUCCAUUGCCUACAAACUGAUGGGAGAGUGGUCCUGGAUUACAGUGUUGAAUGGUACUUUCUGUAAAUUAGUAAAGCAUUCUUUCUUCAUCUUAGUAUGUAGUACAUGUCUUGCAUCCAAGUGCUGUGAACAGAAGUAAAAUACAUUAAUUUGAAUAUGCGUGCGGAGCUUUUCCCUGCGUGAGCUGCCCCAAAUCACUUAUGGCAAAGGGAGCAGCUCCAUACAAGCAUUUUGUCCCACCUGGUUUAGAGCUGUUCCUUCUAAUAAGCGAACAGGUUCAGGCAGGUUUUUCCUGCAUACUGUAUAGCGCACAACUAGAUCACAACUAAUUUAGCUAGACACAAGAUGCAUGAGGACAAGCGUUCGCAACGGCACAAGCACACCACCGUACAAAACUAAAGCUAACAUAGUUAACCAGCUUGUUCUGCAGAUGCACAUUGAUGGAGUGGCGAAAUAGAAAACGUUAAUGACCUUCUGAACUCUCCCAUUUAUAUAUGCCUAAGCAGUCUCAAGGGAAACCAGAUUUUAGCAAAACUGCAUAAACUUUCCAACUGAAGUGGGGGUGGCGAGAACCCCUAAGACAUCAGUUAAUAACUUUUCCAUUCAUUUAUUUAUAAGAUCUUCCAUUACAAUAAUAUCAUGUCUGUCACUCAGCACAACAAUUGCUUGCUGCCUCAUUAAACACUCAGGGUCUAACUAGGCACUAUGUUCACCCCAUAUUUGUGCCCUUAACUGCAAUGGUGGUGUUUUUUAUACAAAUUGGUAGUGUGGGGUGCAGACUCUGAACUAGGACCUUAGCAUGGAGGGUUCAAGGCUUUCAGCCGUUGCCCCCUGCUACAGUCCUGGUUAGGAUCUGGGCGGUCCACACCAGCGAUGUGCAUAAGAAAAAAAUGUUCUCAUUCAUCUCAAUGGAAGCUCUUUUUUAUAGGCAAGUUCCUGGUGUGGGCAGUUCAGAUUAGGAUUAUGGAGAGCGAGGUAAAUAAGGUUACCAGAUUUUUUUCAAUGAAUCCGGGGACACUUUUCAAUUCCCUACUAAAUAGAUUGAUUUUGUCAGGGGACUGAUUUAUAAAUCUGGGGACUUUCCCCAGGAAACGGGGACAUCUGGUAACCGGUAAUGUCCCCCCUCCUAUACUAGAGUCCCGAUGUGAAUUUGGGACCCUAGAUCAAUAUGGAGAUAACAUGCCUAGUUUUUCAUUCAUAUAAAGCAAUGACAGUUAUUCUAACUUUUCUUCCCCACGCCCUUGCAUCCACAUAGCAAUUUACUUGCGGGGGCUCACUAUUUGACAAUAUCACACAUUAUAUAUUUUUUGCACUAAUUGAGAUUUCUUGUAACUUGUAAUUUUCUUGGGGACAAUUUCUUCUAAAAAAAAAUGUAAUUAUUUUCCAGACAAAAAUUAUUCCAUUUUUGGACAGGUUCGCUCUUUCAUUUACAAUCUAUUUAUUUGUAUAUCAUCUCUGGCAUAAAUCAUAUUCCGUGCUUACAGUCAGUUAAGAUUUGGGUAUGUAAUUUUGCCUUGCACUUUCAGAAAUGUCACUGCUGCUUGGCUGCUGCAGUCCUUGGAAACGCUUGUUUCCUUUUGUCUUUUAUUGCUUUGUACAGUUGAAAUGCAGUUUUAAAAAAAAACCAAAACAUUUAAUGCAGCUUUUAAAGAAACAGAUACAAUCAUUGUUCAUAAGCCAAGAGCUUACCGUAAUGCAUGCAUUAGUCAGUUAAUGCUGGGAUAGAACUCUAGGCUCCAAUUCGAAAAGGAACAUUGCUCUGUGCAUUGCUUCAAUUUUUGUUUGCUAGAUUUUGUUUUGGUUUUUAAAAAGAAAGAUUUGCACGCCCUGUGGGUCAGCACGUUCAUUUCGCUGUUUUCUCAAUUUCACAUACAUAGAAUGGGGAACUGGAUGCAUGAUGAAACAGUCAUAAGGUCAGUUCAUCACACACAUUGCAUCACUUAUGACAGAUAGCUUAGCAUCAUUUCAUCUGACCUUUAUCACAUUGACACAGGGCCGUAAUUUCACCUUUUACACACAUAUCAUCCAGCCUUCUGCAAAACCCAUAGCUUUUCUUUUUCAAGGGAGGGCAGAGCCCAUGAAUGCAGCAAUUGAAAUUAAGGGUUUAAUCACGUAUUUUUGUGGUCUUUUAAAUAUUUCCUGCCUGAUCACUUCUUAUUCCCCUGAGUAUAUGCAUAUGGUAAGAGGAAUUUUCAGCCCACCUCACUAGAGCAAAACGUGACAGGUAAAUAUGCCAACGAUCACCACCACCAUAGUAAUUCUGGAUAUUAGUCAGCCUGGUUUUCCAAUAUUUGGGGGAGGAUACUCAAGUAUGGUGCAAGGGCAUGCACACAUCACUUGGUGCUGUCUUAGCCCUUCAGAUCCAGUUAUGUAAUUGGACUGGUCCCACUCCACUGAAAUUUUCCAUGUUCCUAUUAUUACCUGCAAUUACCACCUAAACAAUUAGAUUACUGUAAUUCACUCUAAAGGUGUAAUUAGGUGUGAACCUGCAUGAUUUACGUGCUCUGGCGGUUGCUGGGACCUGGCUGCAUAUCCAUACCAACUCAUCCUAUACAUAUCUGAUAUUAUUUGAGGGCACUUGCAAGUGGAAGGUUUCUGUCAGGUACCUGACAACUGCACUCUGGCACUGGCAGGACUGUCUGUUCCCUUGCUGGUUUCAGCUGCUCCACACUGAUUUGCAGCAUUGGCGCAGGAGGAACAGCAAAUCAAGGAAGGUAAUAGCGCCACUCUCUUCUGCUGUGGUCAGACCACACCUGGAAUACUGCGUCCGAUUCUGGGCACCACAAUUUAAGAAGCAAUGAAGCACCAAACCAGGGGUAGAAGCUUCAGACUAUUCUAUUUGGGUGCUAAGAUUUUUUUAUUAAGUUCUUUUCUGUUUUUGAUACCACAAACUACCAUCUGGAAGCACCGUUAGCAUCUUACCAAUUAAACGUGCAUCCAGAUACUAUUAUUAUUAUUAUUAUUAUUAUUAUUAUUAUUAUUAUUAUUAUUACCACCACUAUAUUUAUAUCCCACCUUUCUCCCAUAACCGGGAAUCACAAAAAUUAAAACAAAUACAAAUGAGGCACACAUAUAGCUAAAAACAUAUUAAAGGUUAUGGUUAAAAAGCAAUUAAACUGUGUUGAAACUGUAUCCAUUCAAAUGCAGACAGUGGGAAGAGGGGACUCAGUACAUCACACUAUUAAGAGCCCUUUCCUUAUAUGCAGUCAAUUCCCAAAAGAACUGGAGGAAUAAAACAGUUUUCACCUGCCAGUGGAAGGACAUCAAGGAGGGAGCCAAUCUAGCCUAUCCAGCAAGGGUGUUCCAAAGCCUGGGAAAUAACAUACGUACAAGUAUAUGAGGUUGGAUCCAAAGGAACUUUCUCUGCAAAAUGUUUGCUGGGGUAGGACAAGUUGAAGCAACUAUCCAGGGCCAGAAUUACUGGUAGCUUGCUCCGGGCAGAACCACCAUUGCAUUGCAUCACUAAAGGAACGAGUUUAAAGAUGAUACAGAUUUGGUUAUGCAAAUUUAGAAAUAAGUAUUAUAAUUUAAUUAGAAAGUCAAUACAUCUUACAGUGGAGAAGACUGUGACCAGGUGAGCUAUCCUGCUGUCCAGGUAUUAAUCGUUGAUGAGCAACUUCAAGGUCUUCUCUGCUCUCCCUUCUUGUUCCUAAAUCUAUAAACCAGACUUGAAUCUGACAGUCCUUCAAACAGAGGGUUCCCUUUUGAGAAAUAGGACACCCUAGUGUCAGGAUAAGACCAUAUCAUUGGUAACCUGGUCUGGGGUGUGCUAACUGACCAUGGCUACAAUCAGGUGGGGUACAAUCAUGUAUCCAUCUAUCCUAACUCUUAUUUUUGAAUUAAUUUGUUCCACCUUUGUCAUUAUUUUGUCAUGUUCAUUCUAAGCUUGGUUCAAAUGUACCAAGCACAGAAUCUCCCCAGUCUGGGGCUGGUACAGAUUUGAUAUAUUGGAUGAGUAAAAGUUAGCUGCUUUUUCUACUGGUCUACAUUUUUUUUCUGUUUUCUGUUACCCUAUAAUACAUAAAUAUACAAAACAGUGGAAGUUGUUUUUGUUUGGGGAAAAUAUAUAAGGGAAUUUCUUGUAUUCUCUAACCCGUCUGAAGUAGUUGGAAGAAGAAAAAUAACAGUUUAGGCUGCUGUGAAGAAGGUGGUUUGGAUGAUCUGUCUCCAUACUGAAGGACUUUGGGAAAUAAAGAAGGAAAAUAAGCUAGCUUUCUGUUGUCAAUAAAACAUAAUCAGUGUUACUGCAUAUCUUUUCUUACUUAAAGCAACUAUUUUUUCACCUAAAUCUAAGGACAAUCAAGCUAUCGCUCUUCUCUACUUUUCUCCCUAUUUGGCUGCCACAUUAAUAUAUUUCAAAUUCUUUAAUAUUGUUUUGAAUUUUUUCACACAAUCUUGUUAGACUCCUUGCAAAAAAACCCAACAACAAUCCUGGCCUCCUCCAGUAGAAACUAGGUGAAAUUGUUAGCAUUUCAGAAUCAGGCUGAUCCUUUAAGAUUUUGGUUUUCAAGUUACUGUUCAGAGGUUAUUCUACUUCACAUGAACGCUUGAUUGCUACAAAUAUUUCAUUGUUCAAAUGAUAAUCUCAUUUGGAUUGGGAAGGUACUUACUUAAACCUGCUGAUGGACUGUAUACAAUGGUUGUUUUCACUGUUGCAAUAUUCUUGUCUUCCAGUUUUCUUUGUUUUUCUUUUUAUACCAUGAACUUGCUAUAAAAGUUCUGGCUCAUCUUACUGUGUAUCAUAUUAUGUAUUUGAUCCCCUGUAACUAGUUUAGUUAGAUGUUAAUAAAUUUUACAUCUCAAAUACCA